UUUAUUAAUACGAUUCCGAUUUAAUUCAAAUAAUACAAUAAACUACAGCUAUCUGAUAUCAAGCAAAUGACGAUAACAUGGUCAAAAAGUUAUCGUUUACGUCAAUAUCUCCCGAUUGCAAGCCUUGCAAGGUUCCAGUCUUCAAAGGCAAAUUAUUCCUUUGGUCCGAACUCCGAAGGUCCGGAGCUAUUUACCUCAGACCAUAUUCUCAGUCAGACUCAGACACAAGCAGCCACGGCACGGACACAAGUGUUUGGGCAGUGUAGAUGUUGUUCAGCAGUAUUUUGCAUUACCGGCUGCCAGUGCUAGCUUGGUAGAUCAACGGACGAAAUUUCAUUGCCGGCAUAGUUGCUGUUUGCCGUAAAACCACUGUCCACUAGACGUUGAGAUACACCAACAAAAUCUCUAUUUCCUUGGGAAUCCUGGUCUGGUGGCUGCCAGUCUACCUUAUAAUCCAAUGGAGACCAAGCCAUCCAGCACAAGCAGUAGGAACAGCAAGAAGCAUCAGAAUGCAACUAAAGCUCCCAAGGAUGAGAAGUCCAAAUCUUCCACCAAUUCUUCCAGCAAAAGCACUAGCAGACAAACUGCAACCUCCCAUGAUUGCAUUGAUAAGAAAAUGAGUUUUAAGCUCCUCUUAGUUGGAGGGCUUUGCUGUGGUCUGCUCAACAUGUUCCACACUUCUUCCAUGUUUGAAAAUGAUCGUAGGUUUUCUCAUUUAUCUGAUCUGGAAAGAGAAAUGACUUUCAGAACAGAAAUGGGCUUCUACUACUGGCACUAUAAAAUCUUGGUGGAGUCUGACACGAUGCUUCAUGGCUUAACAACGCUAGUGCAAAACAAUAUCACUGAGUAUCCUAGUGUGAUCAACAGCCUACAUCGCUUCAACGUAAUGCCUGAGGUGGUGAUAGCAGCUCUAUACCGAACAUUCCGUAGCUUCACCCGGUGGGCGCAGAUAGAUCUGGAGCAGUGCUACAAGGUGUCCAGAGGAGCUCGUCUGGCAGCAGUCUGGAGCUGCGAUGGUCUUGGUGUGCCUGCUAAUUUCUAUGUGCAGUGUGCUUGGACUAUGGCUGGCUUAACAGCCGCUCUUAUAUUCUUAUCAGGAGCAUUGCUGAGCAACAGCUACAUAGGAGGAGCUGUGGCAGCUCUGUGCUUUUUUUUCAAUCACGGAGAGGCCACAAGGGUCAUGUGGACACCUCCUCUGAGAGAGACAUUCUCAUUCCCGUUCAGUUUGCUGAUCAACUUAUUGGUGACUCAGACCUUGAGGAAACCACGGGCUCAUUACAUCCAGGCUCUAUGCAUAGCUGUAUCAACCUAUUGCUACCUAGUAACGUGGCAAUUUGCUCAAUACACACUUUUGGUGACAAUUAUGCUGGUGUAUUUCCUGCAUGCUGUUGAAAUGAUCAGGCCUUUGCCUAUGCUGUUGGUGCUCAUGGGCAGUCUUUUUGGAUUUGCCAACUGCCUCGUUUCAAUGUUCGCUAAUAAGAUGCUAAUGACUUCACAUCUUGCGGGUUGCCUGCUUGCUAUCUUCCUCAUGUAUGUUGUUCUGGAAAACAUCUUCAAUUGGAUCCCAUCGCCCAUGAACAAGUCUGUGCAGAUUGUCUUCAUUUUUCUCUCCACAAUUGCUGCUAAAAUGGAGUUGUCUAACUUUCUAGGCAUGGAGGAAGACUCUCAUGUAUAUAAUAUUCUGCGUUCUAAGUUCUCUAACUACUCAGAUUUCCACACAAAGCUUUACACGUGUUCCAGCGAAUUCGAUUUCAUGCCACGUUCUACCGCGUUGAGUCUGUGCAACUCGUAUUUGAUGCCCCUUGCCUUUAUUGUGGUUGGAGCCGUAGGAUCGAAUUUUAUAGCAACUUGCUUCAAUAACCUGAAGGACAGCUUCAAGAACAAAACAGACGUUCUACCUAAUCUCUGGCGUGCAAUUGAUCCUGGCAUCGUGUAUAAUAUUGCCAUGCUUGUUGUCUAUUGCAUUCUUGCCUCUCUGAUUAUGCGAUUGAAGCUCUUCAUGACUCCACAGUUAUGCAUCAUAGCCUCUCUUGUCGCAAGUCCCAAGUACUUCAAGAUGCUACAAAGGAAAGAUUUAUACUACUUAACGCUUGCGAUCCUCUUAUCUGUUAUGACCAUCCCAGGUUACAAGAACCUAAUGGAACAACGCGCAACACAAGGCGAGUACUUAAACACAGAUCUCGAAGAACUUCUGCAUUUUGUUCAGACCGAAACGGCACCCAACAGUGUUUUCGCCGGCUCUAUGCCCACGAUGGCUAACCUGAUGCUCUCCACUGGACGUCCAAUAGUGAACCACCCUCACUAUGAGACCAAGGAAGUGCGCCGGCGCACGAAAAUUGUGUAUAGCGUGUUUAGUAGACGACCUGCGGAAACAGUCUAUGAGAGUCUACUGAAGCUCAAAGUCAAUUACCUGGUGCUAGAUUACAGUCAAUGUUAUCAAAAAAUAAAGCCUGGGUGUGGUAUGGUGGACCUCUGGGACAUCGAGGAACCUCAAAACAAGAAUAAGCCUGCGCUCUGUCCAAAACUAUACAACGAAAGUCCUGCACCUUUCCAUAGAGUUUUUGUUAACGAUGGUUACGCUGUUUUGCAAGUGCCGUCCAAGUUCGUUCAGAUUCCUUUGCCAAAAACACAUAAAAUUUAGUGACUCGUCAUAUUUUACAGCUUCUCUUUACGCGAUGUAAAUGCGUUCAGUUUUGUUUUAAUUUCUUGCCCGAGGCGCCUCGCAGAUUUUUUUUCUCCCCAGGAUUUUUUAGAGAAGACAAUCGAAAUAAAGGUUUUUAUUUUGUAGUUAGUUUAAAUCGUUGUUACGAAAAAAUGAAUUUAGAAUUUUACGGUCACUAUCAUUUUUAAUAGUUGAUAAUCACUGUUUUCACAGCAAGUUUAGGAGCUAUUUGUUAUAGCAUUAUGCAAAAAUAAAUCAUCUCUGGCAACGUUGGACAUUUGUUAAGAAGGGCAUUGUUUUACAAAAGAGAUUAUUUACACUUGUUUAUGUAUUUUAUUUAUAGUGUUUUAUAAUUAUUAUCUACUUGAUUUUGCUGAAUUUCUUUUACCGCAGUGUACUUUUUAACCUCUCUCUUUUUAAUGGGUACACAGUUAAAUAUGCUCUGAGGUUCGAUAUAUUGUAAAGACUAAUAGGUGGCCUGAUUCAGGAAGGCCCUAGUAUCUGUUUUAACUUGUAAGUCGAUGUGUUUUAAAGUUGAUUAAGUAGUAUCAGAUUUCCUGAUGGCAGCCUGUCAUCAGGCCUGCUUAUAGCGUACUGUGUAGUGGGGCUGGUGAGCGAAGUUCUGUAUCACAGUAUUGCAAACUUUCCACAUUUCCUUUUGUACAUUCUUAUUGCAAUAUUUCUGUCAAAAAUUCUUCCAUUUACGCUAAUUAAAAAAAAAAAGCGUUGCUCUUCUACGCUGCAUCGAUUCAUCAAGUUAACUUCUGUUAAGGGAACUGCUAAUGUUCUUUGCAACAACUAGUUAUAUUUUUUAUGUUUACUACUGCAUUGUUUUUAGUAUACAAGUAUAUGGCAUUGGGAGUAGUUUGCUGUUCAACAAUUAACUGGCAUCGACGGAGACUUAAUGAAUUUGUUUCAUUCUUAUUACUGGACAAAAUGUAUAAAAUUAUUCUUGUGGAGUACAUGAAGUACUGAUUUUGUUUUAUGUCGCUAUUACAGGUCGCGUUCGGCAAGCAAGGCGUUUCUUAAAUCCAUUGACUUGUAGCUUAUAACCAACGCAUGAAUGAUGAAAGACAGAAAAGUCGAUGAACUGUGCAUUUUAAUUAUUAUAUUUUCAAGCGGAUGCCAUAAUUUCUACGAAUGCGUGCUCUGUGUUGGUAUCCUUGUGGUGAUGCACGAUCUCUUAUAUUGCACGAUCUCUUUGAAUUCGCUUUGAUUAACUGUUUUCUUUAUCCACGCGUUCAUGAAUGAUUGUCAUUGGGAUGUUUCUCGUCUAGAACCGGAUAGAAUUUUUUAUGUUUGUUUCCAUAUUUAGCUAGCAAAAUGCAACGGUCGAUUAUUUGAUUUCUUCUUUUAACAUCUCAAUUAUUUUUCAGCAACUGCACAAUGUUUUACUCCAUGAUGGUAAAAUUUUUGUAGUUUUAAUUAAUUACUGUAAAUUUGUACUCAUUGAAACUGCUAAACGUACUAGUUACUGCCACUAUCGUGACUAUUUACAGCUAAAGUCAGUGCGCUAGUCUUGCCUAAAGCGUUAUUUUUUGUGACAUAUCUAAAUUUCCGUGUCCAAAUUCUUUCAUAGUUUGCCCAUGCCUUUGUUUUAAUCACAAAAAAAUCACUACUAGUAGAGGAUAAGUUCUGAUGCUACGGAAUGGUAAUGUGUUGGUUGUAUUUGAAUUAUGUCGAAUUGCAGCUUGGUACGUUGAAGUUUCGUUUAUGUAUAGCAUAACAAUAACUUAGAUUAUAUUGGGCUAAAGCUGGAAGUAAUGUCUUUGGCCGGGAGUUUUUUCUCUAUUAUGGUGCUCAAUUGUAAUUUAUUUGAUGAUUUAUUUUAGACUAAUGGAAUGUUAAAGCUUCUGCCUUGAAGAAUAAAGUUUUGUAUUACAUGUUACGAUAUUGUC